AUGGGUCAAGGUCUGAGCGUCAAGAAGUGUGAUUUCAACAUCACGAUGAACAACAAAAACCACCGCACAGAGGAGAUCAGCACUGAAAGGCUCUUGGUGAGGCGGGGGCAGCCAUUCACCAUCACUGUGAGCUUCUCCGCUCCCACGCACAACCACCUGCAGCAGCUGAAGAGAACCUUCCUCACAGCACAGACAGGAUCACAUCCUUCCAAAGCAGAUGGAACCCGGACUGAAUUUCCCAUCUCCAGCCUGGGAGACCAGAAGCAGUGGAGCGCAGCACUGGAAGAACAGGACCCAUUCUUCUGGACCAUCGCUGUGAACACGCCUGCCAACGCCCCCAUUGGCCACUACGUUCUGCUUUUACGAGCCUCCAGGUCUUCCCAUCUCCUGGGCAACUUCACCCUUCUCUUUAACCCCUGGUGCAGAGACGAUGAGGUGUUCUUGGCUAACGAGGCACAGCGACAGGAGUACGUUUUAAACCAAGAGGGUAUCAUCUACGGAGGGACUGAAAAUGAAGCCCUAGCACAGCCCUGGGACUUCGGUCAGUUCGAGAAGGGUAUUGUUGACAUCUGCCUCACACUGCUGGAUGCGGGCGAAGGCCAGCACCGAGACACGGAUCGCACCCAGCACAAGAGCCCCAUUUCCAUCUGCCGCACCGUUGCUGCCGUGCUGAAUGGGGACGGGUUUGGAGAAAUCCUGACAGACCGUGGGACCAGACAACACUGUCAUGGGACAGCCCCAUCCAGGUGUCUGGGAAGCAGCCCCAUCCUCCGGCACUGGGCUGCAGCCCAACGCAAGCCUGUGCGCUACAGGCAGCGCUGGGUGUUCGCUGCCGUCGUGUGCUCAGUUCUGAGGUGCCUGGGAAUCCCCACCAGGGUGGUCACGGGCUUUACGUGGGCUCACAGCACCACCAGCAGCCUGCGCGUGGAUGAGUUUUACGAUGAAGAUGGGACUCUGCUUACGGAAGACAAGAGUGCCCGUGUCUGGACCUUCCACGUUUGGAAUGAAUGCUGGAUGGCUCGAGCGGACUUGCCUCCAGAGUAUAGUGGGUGGCAGGCACUGGAUGCCACCUGCCAGGAGAAAAGCAAAGGGCCAUCCUGCCGUGGGCCAGCCCCUGUUCAAGCCAUCAGGGAAGGGGACAUAGAGGUCCAUCACGAUGCCUGCUAUUUCUUUGCUGCUGUCAAUGCCAAGUGCCAGGUCUGGAUACAAAAAGCAGAUGACACCCUCCAACCAGCUCUCGGUGGCAGAAAGUACACUGGCAACAAUAUCAGCACCAAGAGCGUGGGCAGCGAACGCUGCGAGGACAUCACACACAACUACAAGCAUCCUGAAGGUUCUCUCCAGGAAAAAACAGUACUGGACAAAGCCUACAGAAAGAUAAAGAAGCUUGAGACAACCAGCAGCAGCAGCGAAACCCUGUUUAGCUCCACUCCUACGGCCCUUGAAGAGCCAGUUAACCUCUUCAUCCACCUCCAGUCCGAGAGUUCUCUUCUCCUGGGAGAAGAUGUUCCAAUUUCCAUUGCAGUGUUUAAUCACGGUGAUGGAGAAAAGGCUACUCACCUGGUCGUUGGGGCCCAGUCUCUUCAUUAUAAUGGUGUGCCCAUUGCCCAACUCUGGAAGGAAGAGUUUCAUUUUCUCCUCAAAAGCCAUGAAGGUAACAACCUGAAGGUCUUUGUGCCUUACUCACAGUACAGAGAAGUGCUGGGGGAGAACCACCUGCUCAGGCUGACGGCCAUGCUGAGAGACGAGGACUCCUUCGACGUACACUUUGCACAGGAAGAGAUCAGCAUCCGUGAUCCCUCUCUCACCAUCGAGUUCCCAGAAAAGCUGGUACAGUAUCAGCCCGGCACAGCAAAGAUCAGGCUCCUGAACCCGCUCACCGAGCCCUUGGAGGAGUGUGUGAUAGUGGUUGCAGGGCGAGGGCUCAUCCAUGGACAGAGGAGGUACAGGCUGGGCUCUGUGCAACCGAACAGCAGCCAAGAGCUGCCAGUCCCAUUCACCCCCACCCAGGCAGGGCCCCGAAGGCUCACGGCACGUCUCACCUGCCGUCACCUCCGGAACGUGAAGAGCUACAAAACCACCACCAUCGCCGCUGCCUGA